CUCCGGGCUUACACUAGAGCGGGGAUUACCAUCUGGGGUGGAAAGGGUACGCAUAAAUAAUAAUUAAUAUAUAGUUACAGAAAACUAUAAAUGUUAGAGAGGGAAAAAGAAUAGAGAAAUAUAAAGAAGAAAUUUUACUUUAGCUAAAACCAAUAGAGAUAAACAUUAAUUGUUAAUAAUGAAGCAAAGUGUAAAUAAUUUAAAGCUUCAUAGAAUAUCUUGAUCGUCGUGAAAAACAUCAAAACCAAACAGCUUGGAAGAGAACGCAAAAACUAAAAGAGUUAUUCCAACAACGUAAAAAAAAUGACUGUAAUUGAAAUGGACCUUGGUAAUUUUCUUAUUCCUUUAGUUCUGGUGUUCUGUAUAAUAUUAGCUUUCUUAUGGAUGCUAGGAAGAUGUAGAUUGAAAAUAAUACGGCGACGAAAAAAUCCUGGACGAGAUAUUGUGUUAAAGUUAAACUCUGGUUUAAAAUUACAGACAUGUAACGUUGUUGCGUAUUGUUGUUGGAGUUCGAAUGACAGUUCGGCGGAUAUAAUAAAAUACUAUGACAAAAUACAUGUCGUGAACUACGAGCCUGCUAUCCAUUCUUCGGACGAAUGUGUGAUAUGUAAGGACACGUUUGAUAGCGAGAAACAGAUAUGUACAUUUAACUGCAACCAUCACUUCCACGUGAUAUGCAUCGUGAAAUGGAUGACACAGCAAAAAAAAUGUCCACUUUGCUGGGCAGAUAUAAACCAUCCAAUGACUGUGUAAAUUGUACAGACUAUCUAUUCUAACGCAUAAAUUAUAAAACAAGUUUUUUGUACAUACCAAAUCGUGAAAAGCACGUGCCAACGGUAUUAAUAUUUUA